GUGCGCAUACGCGGAUACGCCCUUUAAUCAAUUGCGUUUCAAAUUCGAUAGGAUUAAAUUCUAAAACAUUAUUUUGUUUUGUUUUGUUUUGUUUUUGUUAAUCUUCUGGACAAGGGACGUCGAAAGCAUGCUCCGCACAGAGCACAGUCGACAAAUAGCCAUUUGUUCAAAGGAUCGUUGGCCUCCUUCUCUCUCUCUCGUUUCCCUCCUUUAUCGAUCGCAUUGCUCCACUUCCAAUUUUGCCUUCUGCGAUACCUUCCCGGAUUCGUUCUACCUUCCAAUCUUCCCUGGAUUUCGCCCAAAGCUCGGAUCCUACUAUUGCCGUGGCUGGCGCGAAUUGAAGCAGGUGGUCUAGGGUUUCCUAAAACUUGGAUUUCUGGUAGGUAGAAGCAGGGUCUAAUCGUGUCGUCUUUCGGAACCCGAGAUGUCGGACCCCGCUGCCUUGGCUGCGGCCGUGCAGACUCGAUUCGCCUCUCUGGAGCUCGUUGGCAGGGGAUCCUUCGGCGACGUCUUUAAAGGGUAUGACACAGAGCUGAAUAAGGAGGUUGCAAUCAAAGUUAUAGAUUUGGAAGAAGCCGAGGAUGAUGUCGAAGACAUUCAGAAGGAAAUAGCAGUUUUAUCACAAUGUAGAUCUCCAUACAUUACUGAUUAUUAUGGAUCCCAUCUCUAUCAAACCAAAUUGUGGAUUGUGAUGGAGUACAUGGCUGGUGGUUCUGUUGCUGAUCUACUCCAAUCUGGCCCCCCUCUGGAUGAAAUGUCUAUUGCAUGUAUUCUACGUGACUUGUUGCAUGCAAUUGAGUAUCUGCACAAUGAAGGAAAGAUUCACCGGGAUUUAAAAGCUGCAAACAUUUUGCUUUCUGAAAAAGGAGAUGUGAAAGUUGCAGAUUUUGGUGUUUCUGCAGAAUUGACAAAAACAAUGUCAAGAAGGAAGACAUUUGUUGGAACUCCAUUUUGGAUGGCUCCUGAGGUCAUUCAGAAUUCUGAAGGAUACAAUGAAAAGGCAGAUAUUUGGUCUUUAGGUAUUACUGCUGUAGAAAUGGCAAAAGGGGAACCUCCUUUGGCUGAUAUGCAUCCCGUGAGGGUUCUUUUCAUUAUACCGCGAGACAAUCCUCCUCAGCUUGAUGAGCAUUUCUCUCAACCUAUGAAAGAAUUUGUAUCUUUGUGUCUAAAAAAGAAUCCUGCUGAGAGGUCUAGUGCGAAGCAACUUCUCAGGCAUCGCUUCAUCAGAAAUGCCAGAAAAAGUCCAAGACUUUUGGAGAGAAUAAGAGAGAGGCCAAAGUUUCCUACCAAAGAAGACACGGAAGCCCAAAAUCAUACGAAAAUGUAUGAUGAUGGAACAAGAACCAUAAAGGUAGUUAAGGAUGCUUAUUCAAGUCGAAGCAAAUUCCAGAAUAAUGCUAUCUUGGACAGUGGCAUGGAUGGCAUGGGUACAGGAACUGUACACAGCAUCGAAAAGCCAAUUGGCCAAGCAUCACAAGGUACAGGUACUGCACGGAUACCAAGACCAAUGGAUGGUUCACAGGGAACAGGGACAGUCCGAAGUUCUGUAAGAUUGCCGCCAGUUGAUUAUACAAGAGACAGAAAGUCUGAUGCCAUUUAUGGUCCUUACAAAACAAACAAGUCUAGUAGAGAAUACAAGGUGUCAUCUGAAUCGGAAGGUUCGUUUGAUGAUUCUGCAUCAAGAUUCUCAUUGCAGAAGGAAGCAGAUCGUGCCAAAGAUGCUAAAGAAUUAGAAGAUUCUUUUGAAGAUGAUGAAAGUGGAUCAGGUACCAUUGUUAUACGCUCUCAAAAAGAAAUUUUGAAACAGGCUGCAUUUGAUUCAAAUGUAAAGCCUCUUAGUAGAUACACCACUUCUGGAGAUAUGUCAAUUAGUGGCACAGUAGUUCAUGGCAAAAGUGAUGAAGAUGUUACUCGUUCAUCAAAGUCAAGGCUACGGAUGCAAGACAAGUUAUCAAGUAGCUCCAAUGAAGAUAGUGCUACAAACCUUGCAGAGGCGAGAGCUGCACUACAAGCAGGAGCAAGAAAAGGAAUUGCCAGGGAAAGGCCUAUGGUGAACAGACAAGUUAAGGAUUCCCUUGAGCACAAGUUGACUGAGAGGACAAAUGCAUCAGAAUCCUCUAGAAAUGAUAGUGAGGGCCUACAGAAGGUACUGAACAAGCCACGUCAGUCAGGCACUGAGCUAUCUCAAACCAGAUCUGUUUCGGCAGCUUCUCCUGCAUUGUCAUCAUUGAUUAUUCCUUCCCUAAAGGAGGCUACUGGUGAUAUGUCUCAAGCAACAGCAGUUGCAAAAGUAAUGGAGUCGCUGAUGGAUUUGGAACACGAAUUACCUGGCUCUUGUGAAACUUUAGUUAUUAAGAUUCUUAGACGAGUAGAGAGUUCUAAGGAGCCGUCACUCAAGCGACUUCAUGAAUUAGCUGUCAGUAUGUUUCCGGAGCAGUCUUCCCAGGAUUUCAUUGAUAGGAAGAAACAACUUAACUCAUCACUGCUUGAGACCCCCAGCUUAAGCCCGCUAGCAACGUUUCUUCUCACAAGAUGGCGGGGCCAAGUUUCUCAGGAACUCAGCUCAUGAAGGAACCAUAAAUCAUAAUAACACAGUAUACCCUUCUUGUAAAUAUGUUUUGGGCUAUUAGCAUCUGCUGCUGUGUUAACUGUUGCUUUUCUUGCCUUUUUAUUUUAUUCCUCAAGGAUGUGAAGAAAUAUCGCAUGCAGGGGGAAAAGUUCCUGUUCUUUUACCAUUCAUCAUCAGGGUUCUAGGCUGAUCCCAAAUUUUCAGACAUCUCUAAUCGAUUGUAUCAAACCCAUUAUUGCCUUCUUAAUUAUAAAUGUUCUGAAUGCAUCUUUUUUGUAAAUAUAUAAGCUAUGACAUUGUCCAA